AUGGAGUAUCAGGCCUCUCAAUAUGAAAUGAGUCUCGAUCAAAGGAACAAAGAACCUACGUCGGAGACUCCUCUCGUGCAGGGCUGCAACAGCGCACCAUCAACAGACAAACACGGUGACACAAACAGCAUCUCGCCAUAUGAAAGCUCUGCUGCCAUGGUCGGCCCAGCGCUGCCUCCUAGACCAAGCCGACAACUUAAAGCCGAUGAUGUGUUCGACAUUCAAUUGCGUGAUCUUCAACGAGCUCUAGAUACUGAAGUUAAAAAGAACAAGCAGUACGAAGGCCUUCUAGGCCAGAGCCGCAAGAAAGUACAGGAGUUGAAUCAAGUCCUCAGUCACUCAACUGCUAAGGUAGAAGAGUCCAAAGGCCUUCUAAACAAGAGCCACGAACGGGAAGACAAACUCAAUAUAGCCCUCGAUCAAACAACAGCUGAGGCAGAGGAAUACAAAGCCCUUUGGAAGCAAAGUGCAGCGGACUUGAACUCCCAUCUGGUUAACGAUCGUGGCUUCAAGCCUUUUGACGACAGAUUCUUUAUUGAAAAAGUGAUGUUGUUACGUCGCAAUAUCAGAGACUUUGCCUAUCAGUACUAUGAUGACUGGCCUGCCGACAUCAAACAUUAUUCCAACCCAAUCAGCGAGAUGGCUGAUAUGCUAGACCUAGAUCCCAAUUGCAUGUGCAGAGAUUUCAACCCGUCGUCCAUCGUCAGGGGGUAUAUAUGGGGAUUUCUAGACAAUCAUGUGUUUGGCAGGUUUAUUUGGGCAAAAAAUCCUCCAGCAAUGCGCGAAUUGCUCGAUUCUUUGAAGCCUUCAAAAGAAUCAUCUCCAGCAAAUCACAAAGAAAAAGUACGACAGAUCGAUUUGUGGAAAGCCAGAACAAGUGUAUUGCUCCAGGACCCGCUCAAUCCACAUGGGGGCAGUAAACGCAAGGAGUCCCAGCAGGAGAGCUUCAAUGAGCUAACUAACAAUUUGAUUGGUUUGCUCCCCCCGAAUGCCAAAACUAAAGAUCUAAGUGAGCAAGUCAGCUCUAUCUGGGAUGACGCUGUCAGGCUUGACAUGGAUAUGAAUACACAGGCCUCAGGGCUGCAGUUGUACUAUCGACAUCACGAAAGAAAGCCAAUGGCAUUUGACAAUACCAAGAUGGAGGUAGAGCAGGAGAGGGACGGUUCUCCAAGCAGUGACAUUGUGACCUGUAUUUUGGCACCUGCUCUGAGGAGAAGGGGUGAGGCUGAUGGGACUCGCUUGGCUGAAAGGGCAUAUCUGCUCAAGAUGCUAGUUUUGUGCCAGGCCCGAGAUGAGAGAACACAAGGGCAGAAGCAGGAAGAGAGAGAACACGCUCACCCAGGUAUAAUAAGAGCUGCUGCCUCGAACCUUAGAAGCAGGUUUAUGAACUACUAA